AUGGCGCUGGUUCUCGCCGCUACGUCCAAUUCCCCCGUCGCCGCCGCCGCCUCCGCCACCGUCGCCGCCGCAACAGCAGAAACACCAGCGUCGACAGUCGUCUCUGCUUCUGCUGCAGCAGAACGUAGCAGCCCCUGCCGCAAGCGCCGCCACGUGUUCGAUGGAGCCGAUGGCGGCGCCGCAUGCACUACGAGAAGCUCGCCGCCGACCGCCGACCACGCCGCCGCUGACCGCGCCGCCGCUGGUAAAGCUUCUCCAGGCUCUGCGACCAAUGCCGUCGGUGGCGCCGUCGCCAUGUCGCAUGCGGCCGCCGGCGAAGCCGUGCGACGCGUGGGGACGGGGAUUUCUCUCAAGCGCCUCAAGACGGAGAGCCGCGCGCGCAGCUGGGCGGCCAGCGGAGCUUCGCCGCGCGGCGCAUCAGGCGCGCGCCAAGGCGCCGGAAAGAGCGGCGGAAAUGCGCGCGCCGCAUCCUCUGCCAGCGGAGCUCACGGAAGGGGCGGCGGAGCGGGUCCGACCGCGUCUGCCGCCACGACCAACGGAGGCGGAGAGCUAGCCGUCGCCUUGUCCGAUGGCGGCGGCGUCGGCGGAGGCGGAGGCGUUGGCAACCUUACCGCAGGAGGCGCCGCGGUGACCCCGCACCGCGACCGUCACAGCAAGGUGCAGACGUCGAAGGGGCUCCGCGACCGGCGCGUGCGCCUGUCCGUCCCCGCGGCGCUCGCGUUCUACGACGUGCAGGACCGGCUCGGCGCGGACCACCCGUCGGAAGCGCUGGAGUGGCUGCUGAUGCACGCCGCGCAAGCCAUCGCGCACCUCCCCUCCGCUCAGCCGCAUGGCGGCGGUGGCGGCGGCGAUGGCUCCGCGGGACGCGCGACGGCGACCACCGUAACGGCAAUGGCAACGGCGGCGGCGGCGGCUCUGUCGACGGGCACGUCGCUCCCUGCCCCUGCUGCUGGCAACGCCCGUGCAGCUGCGCGCGCUGCUGGGAGGGGAACUGGCGCAGGGGCGGCUGGUACUGGUGCUGCUGCGAGGACUGCCGCUGCUGCCGCUGGCGUCGAUAGUGGAGUGACUUCCGAGCCACCUGCAGCAGCUGCACUUCCCGCACAAUCAUCACGUUCUGUGCCUGCUUUGUCCGCGCCUGUGCCGUCGAUUCCCACCAGAGCCGGCAGCACCGGGUGCUCGCCUGCGCUUGCUUGCGCUGCCCUCACUCCCAGGAGACUCGCCUCCCCUCUCGCGCUUCCUCCUCCCAUCCCCCCUCCUCCCGCUGCUCCUUCCGUUGCUGCUCCUGCCGCUGCUGCUGCUGCUCCUGGUGGUGCGGCCAGCCGUUGCCUUUCCCAGGUGCACCUGCCUGCACAGCACCAGGCAAGCUCUGCAGCGGGCACAGCAGCAGCGCUGGCGGCAAGUGUGGGUGGGCGGCGGCAGCAGAACCACGUGGUGUUCGCGCUGCCUGCCACGCCUGCUUCAUCCGCACCUGCCGCUACCGGUGCUGGUACUAGCACUGCUGCUGCUGCUGCUGCUGCAUCAGCAUCCGUUGCUGCUGCUUCUGCUGCCGUGUCUGGUGGUCCUGGUGGGUCCACGUCCCUCACUGGCGGUGCUGCUGCUGCUGCUGCUGCUGGUGGUGCUGCUGGUACUUGCUCAGAAAGAGAGGGUGGCAGGAUGGGAGGAGAGGCUAUGAGCGUGUGUGUGUCCGGGCCAUGUGCCACGACAACCACGACCACAAACAACAAUGGCGCUGCUGCUGGCAACGCUGGCAAGAGCAACAACGUAUACGGCGAGAGCAAACAGGCAGACGGCAACAUCGCUGCUGCUUCUGCUUCUGCUCCUGCUCCUGCUGCUGCUGCUGCCACCACCACAACGACAACCACCACUACAAGUGGCAGUCAGCAGUAUGAGCAGGAGCAGAAGGGGAAGCACUCACUGCGGCCACUGCAUAAGCGCACCCGGGAGGGGGAGGGGGAGGGGGAAGAGGAAAAGGAGGACGAGGAUGAGGAGGAUGAGGAAGAGGAGGAAGACGAGGAGGAGGAGAGGGAGAGGGAGAGGAAGAAGGUAGUGGUUCGUGGGCUGGUGGCAAAAGCAGUAGCGGCGUGUGGGGGUGUGGUGGAGGGGGAGAUAGAUGGAGUGUACUGCGGCAAGCUCAUGCCAGCAACAGCAACAGCACCAGCAGCAGCAGGCGCAGCAGUGGCGGGCAAGAGCAUGUGGGCAAGUCCCGGCAUGCUGGCAUCCGCCUUUUCAAGCAGUCUAGGGGAUCUCAUGGAUCUAGGCGGGCCUGACGGCUGUGACCUCGCUCUUGCCAUGGGGCUCCCCCCCUCGCCCCUGCACUUCCCUGCCAUGCACCAUGCGGGCGGGGACGUGCAUGGGGUUGAGGGUGGGGGUGGGGGUGGGGGUUUGGAUGGCGAUGGGGAGGAUGAGUUGGCGCAGGCACGUGCUGACGAUGACGGGUUUGCUCUGUGUGCUGGUGCUGGUGCUGGUGGUGCGUUCGGGAGUGAAAGUGGGGAUGUUGGUAACUGUGGGGCUGCUGCAGGGGAUGGGGGAGGGGAGGGGAGUGGGCAUGAGGAGCAGGGGGAUCCCAGUGUGCAUGGCGGAUACCAUGCUGCUGCUGCUGCUGCUGCUGCUGCUGCUGCUGCUGCUGCUGCUGCUGCUGCUGCUGCCUCCCCUGCUGCUGCUGCUACUGCUGCUGCAGCAGCUGCCUCCAACGAAGAGGGGGCAUCUGGUGAUGAUGGUGGUGCCACUCGCAGUGGUGUGAGCGCGGAUCGCCCUGCUCUCUCCCAUCUGGAGUCUGCUCAGGAACUGGCUGCUGCUGCGUCUCUCUGCGCCCCUAUAGACGAGCAAGGGGACGAGGACCACCAACACCACCGCCACCAGCAGCAGCAGCAGCAGCAGCAGCAGCAGCAGCAGCAGCAGCAGCAGCAGCAGCAGCAGCAGCAGCAGCAGCAGCAGCAGCAGCAGCAGCAGCAGCAGCAGCAGCAGCAGCAGCAGCAGCAGCAGCAGCAGCAGCAGCAGCAGCAGCAGCAGCAGCAGCAGCAGCAGCAGCAGCAGCAGCAGCAGCAGCAGCAGCAGCAGCAGCAGCAGCAGCAGCAGCAGCAGCAGCAGCAGAAGGAGGAGCAGCGGCAGGAGUUGAGCGAGGGGAAUGUGGGGGACCCUUGCCGCUGCCACCAGCAGCACCAGCAUCAACAUCCGGCCCACCCAUUCACUGCCAGCAUCACUGGUGCCACUGGGACCUCUACCGCCCCUUCCGCCUCCUCUCUCCACUCGUACGCACAUGCCCAAUCCGGCAGUCACCCUCACUCCCAACCUCACUCGCUCCACCUCUCCCACCCUCACUCCUCAGCCUUCCUCUCGCACUCCAGCCAUCACCCACACUCUCUUCCCAUGUACAGCCCUUCUUCCCCUGCUGCUGCCGCUGCUGGCACAUCACUGCCAGCGCUCCCCUUGAUCCCCACACUCCGCUCCUCCAUGCCCUUCAUGCCAUGCCGGAUGCACCCAACAGCAGAGACUGCUGGUGCCUCCUGGGGCAACCCGUUUACCUCUCAUCGCCCGUUUACGCCGUUCUCCUCGCUCCACCACCCACCCCUGGGAUUGCUGCCCCCAUCCGCAGAAGCAGCAGCAGCUGCUGCUGCAGCUGCGGCGGCGGCUCAUGCAGGGGCGAUGUUGGGAGGUGAUACAGGAGCGGGGCUUAUGUCAGGUGCGUCUUUGUCGGGCCUGGGGUCGGCACCGUUAGGCCUGCCUUGGUACAAUGGCUUGGGCCAGCAGCAGAUGGGGUAUCCGCCUGCUUCUCCUGCUUCCGCUGCUGCUCUGACGCCUUCUGGAAUGCUUGCUGGCGCUCCGAAUGCUCCUGGUGGUGGUGAUGGCGCCUCUGCUGCCUCUGCCUCUCUCACGCCGCCUGCAGGAGCUGCUGGAGCCGUGGCAGGCGCCAGCGCACCAGCAGUGCCAGUGCCAGUGCCAGUGCCAGUGCCAGUGCCAGUGGCCAUGGCAGGGGAGGUGGCGGGGGAGGUGGCGGGGAUUUUUGCAGUAGCCGUAUGCAUGGUGUUGGGAGGGAGUUUGGGAGGAGGGAGCUAG